AUGGAGCCCGCCACAACUGCAGCCGACUCGAAGUCGGGGGCUUGCAGAUUCUCAGUCUCCACCUCCUUAUCCCCACCCUCGUCUGUUAAAGAAGUAAUUUCGGGGCUGGCCCGGGUCUCGGCCGCCGAGAGCCCUGCGCCCCCCGCCGCGGGUCGGCGCCACCGCGAGUCGGGAGCGGGUCCCGGCAGACCGCGCCGGGUGGCCGGGCUCGCGCGCCCCCAGCGCAGCGCCGGCGGGGCGGGGACAGGGGCGGAUCAGAGCGCGGGCUCGAGCCGGCCCCCGGGGCCCAAAGCUUCUCGGGUGCGCACGCAGUCGGUGUCCAGUUCGGUCCAGCCCGCCCGCCUGGUCCGGUCCGUCCGCCCCGCGCGCAGCUCUCGUCCUGCGGACGCAAGGUUGUUAUCCAAGGUUGGGGGACUGAGUUCCCGCCGCCCGCUUGCGGAGAUGCCUGCGAGGAAGACGCAGCUUGAAGUUGAGUAUGCCAUUCAAAUCAGGAGAAUUGGAGACAAACUGAAUUUCCGGCAGAAACUUCUGAAUCUCAUAACCAAACUCUUCCGCUCAGGAACCUGACUGCUUCAGAAGCCUCUGAAUGAGGAGACUCCUUUAAAAUGGAAGAUUCCCCAGUAGGUGCAAAUUGCAUCAAUUAGAGGAGAGACUGCCUUGUAAUGGAGAGGAAUGUGAAGGAGCUCUCACUUGCUUCUGGCUGCCCUUGGGAACAAAGAUGGAAUACAUCAAAAAUGAAUUUGUGUUGGAGGUUUCCCUGAAGUCCUUCUUUGGGAUGUGAGAACAUUAUGAAGCCACCUUGUUCAUUUUAAAGCAAGGAUGGAAGAACUUUGAAAAUAGGAUAUUAAUUAUUUAUACGUUUUGUUUUUGCUUAGAUAAUUGUUCUAGUAUUUUUACUAAAGGUUGCUGCCCAGCCUGGUAUCAGAGAAGUUGACAAAUGAUCAGACUUGGCAGGGUUCAAGAAACAGAAGAUGUUCAGUGUUUGUUUCUACUUUUGGAUGACAACUCCAGAACAAUGUAUAAUAUUUGGUUUAUGUAUUAUCUUGUUAAAAGUAAAAAUUUCCUUCUGAGAACACUGAAUGUCAUAGUGAAUGUUGAUUUUAUAGGUCACUACAAGAUAAAAAAUAAUACGGUAGUUUGUUUCUUUUGACUCAAAAUGUAUUGCUUCUGUUCAGAUGACCUUUCAUUCAAUGUGUUCCUGUGGGCCUUAACUAGAAAAUAUGUACUUUUAAAAAAUUUGAUAGAAGUAUAGGAAUGUUACUUGGUGCCAGUAAAAUUCUUAGAGGUUGAAUAUUGAAAGAUAAAGAGCAUGGGGAUUUUGUAUAACCAACGACAAUGGAAAAAAAGUGAAUUUGACUUUUUAUUGCUGUAAUUAAAACUUAGUAAAACAAGUAUUCUCAAGUAA